AGUUGGACCGAAACUAUUCAAGAAACUAAAGGAAAGGGAAUACGUCAUCAUGGUCUUGAAGAAACUAUUAGUGAGCCUGCUACUGCUCAGCCUGGUGUCCCUUUUGAUGGGAGCCACUGUGACCACCCGGCGCAUUCAGCCGCGGGAGACGAACUCCUGCGAGGGCCGCCAGAGUCCUGGGCCCAUCUGCGAGUCCUGCGAGCUGCUGGCCACCUGUGUGCGCCACUCGAACGGGUGGGUCAACAUCCCGGUGGAGUCCUGCGACGUGGCCAACGGCUACUACUGCAACGCCCGACUGGGCAGCUGCACCAACGAGACGGGCCCCUGUCAUCCCUUCGGGAUCGAGGGCAACUUCCAGUGCACCUCGCAGGGCAUCUUCCCCGAUCCCUACGACUGCCAGAAGUAUCACAUGUGCUACUUCGUGGGCGCCACUCUGGUGGCCGCUGCCGUGGAUUGUGGCAAUGACAGGGCCUUCGACGCGAGGACGGGUCAGUGCACCCUGACCCUGAGUGACACCGUCUGCCUGCAGCGCCAGUACUACUGCCCCCAAGCCGGCCACGUGGCCGCCUGGCCCACCAACCCCAACAUCUUCUACGUGUGCAAGUCGACGGUUAACCAGAACCUAAACGACACCAUUGUCAUCUACCCGUCUCUGCACCGGUGCAAUGACGGAGAGACCUUCGUGGACUAUGUCUGCCGCAGCGGGUCGAAUGUCCUGCCGCCGAACACCGACGAUCCCUCGGUGAUCAUCGAGGAGCCCAACGACGACGACUUCUCCGUGCUGCCCAGCACCUGCCAGCACGUGGGCUUGAUGGCCGACGGCAGCGAUUGCCGGAAGUACUACUACUGCUCGGCCCUGAACGGCACCCUGCGGCACAUGGACUGCCCCGCGGGCACCUACUACCGCCCCGAGUUGUCCUCCUGCGUCCUGGGAACUUGCUAGGGCGGAAAGCCACCUUGUUUUUUAUAUGUUCUUCGAAGGAGAAAGGUUUUAACUUAUACAUAAAAUAAAUAAAUAAUCAA